AUGAAUGAGAUGAAAGCCCACCAACAAAACCUCAAGACGACGGUGAAAUUGAGCCUCAAAGAUGCGCUGACGGGCUGCGUGGUAGACGUGCCGACGUUGUCGGGCGAACGCUACCGCCUCGAUCACCGGCAGGCGGUGAUAUCGCCGGAGACAGUCUCCAAAUUGACCGGUGAGGGUCUACCGUAUCCGAAGGAGGCGUCGCGACGCGGCGAUCUGCUGGUGCGCUACGACGUCCGAUUUCCGGCGUCGUUGCCGGCGAAGGUCAAGAGGGCGCUGGCCGAUUUGUUGCCGUCGUAG